ACCUCACUUAACCACACAAUCCUUCUCUCUUUCUCUUCUUAGAAAUUAGACUUCAAUCUAAAUUAGUUCAUAAAGUUGGGUACUUUCAUACUCUGUUAUAGCUAUAUACCACGUUAUCUAACACCGAAAAGGAUUGGAUAUUUCAAGCAUAAAGUUUAAAUAAACAUGCAUUCAUUGGUUGUUUGGUAACAAUCACUACAUAGGCAAAACAACGUUUAGUGAAAUGAAGUAUGAUACUAUCUCUCUCUUUUGUUAUAUUUAAUUUGUCACACUGACUAUAGUAACAGUUGAAGUUUUCAACCAAUGGCAAUGGCGCCCUCAACUCCAUCUAGUGGCUCUGGCAAGAAGGUUAGAAAGCCUUAUACUAUCACCAAGUCUAGGGAAAGCUGGUCUGAGGAGGAGCAUGACAAGUUUCUUGAAGCUCUUCAACUAUUUGACAGAGAUUGGAAGAAAAUUGAGGAUUUUGUUGGUUCAAAGACAGUUAUUCAGAUUAGAAGUCAUGCCCAGAAGUACUUUCUGAAGGUUCAGAAGAACGGGACAGUAGCACAUGUUCCUCCUCCUCGUCCUAAGCGUAAAGCUGCUCAUCCUUACCCACAAAAGGCAUCAAAAAAUGUUUUGGUGCCAUUUCCAGCUUCCCUGGCAUAUGUUUCUUCCACGUGGGAUGAAAAUUUCUUGCCCAUGAAUUCUGGAUCCAGCAGAUCACUGCCCCAUCAGGAUGAACUCACCAAUUUUCAUGGAGAUGAAGCUGAUAUUGGAUCAAAGGGGGUGACAAUAAUUGGCAACAGCUGUGUUAGCAAUGUUGGGAACUCUACUAGAAAGUUGUCUGCUACUGAAAUGCCAAAACAAGGGAAACAGACUCAGGUGCUUCAUGGUUUACCAGAUUUUGCUGAAGUUUAUAGCUUCAUUGGAAGUAUUUUUGAUCCAGACACAAAAGGCCAUGUCCAGAAGCUCAAGGAAAUGGAUCCUAUAAAUUUUGAAACUGUUUUGUUGCUGAUGAAAAAUCUCACUCUCAACUUGUCUGGUCCUGAUUUUGUGUCCGUUAGGAAUGCCAUUUCAUCACACGAUGGCAACACGGAAUUACGGCAGGAAUUGAUGUCAAGAAAUAGACAAACGAUGUAUCAUGUCAAACAGCUCAACAAACGUUAAUUGAACAUGAUCAAAUUUGGAUGGAAGACUGAAGUUUUGCUGAACAGCACCAAUGCAUUCUCAUUGCGAAGCUUGUAAAUGCAACAAAACCAUCAUCACCAGGAGAAUGGGUGUUAGAAAUGCUACCAAAACCAAAAAGAUACGAAUGUGCACAUGUUGCAGUGAUUAUAUUUCCAUUGUUUAACGUUGUGUUUGUUUUGAGCGAUGUACUUUGUUAGAGAAAGGGUUACAAGGAUUGAUAUGGUUUUAAUUUGUAUAAAUAGUUUAUGGGCUCCACAUUCUCGUAUCAUUGGUGUAUUAUUAUUUUGACACCUAACAAAUUUCAACACGCAUUUUAUUUCCAUUUGUUUCA